AUGAUAAGCGAAGAAGAUACUGAAAACACUGAGGAAAUAAACAACUUCUUUUUUAAUUUAUCCAAUAUAAUUGAUGAAAAUGACGUAAAUAAAUUAGAAAAAAAUAGAAAGACAAAGAAAGAAAAAAAAAAAGAUAAGAGAGAAUUAUUAAAAGAAAAGAGAAGAAAAAAUAGACCAGAAGAAAAAAGAAGGAAAAAAAAUAAAAAAAAGGAAGAAUUGUUAAAAGUAUUAAAUGAUUUAAAUGAAGAAGAAAAAAUAGAAUAUUUAAAAGAAAGAAAAGUUUUAGAGAAAAAAAUGAAAGAAAGAAAAAGAGAAUUUUUAUUGCAAUCCUAUAAUGAGGGUUUCAAAAUAUGUUUUAAUUGCAGUUUUCAAAAUUACAUGGAAGAAAAAGAGAUUUGUAGUUUAGCUAAACAGAUUUUUUUAUCAUAUCACUAUAUGAUAAAAAAUGAUAUACCAAUUCAAUUUCAUUUUACUUACUUAAAUAAUAAUGAUAAUUUAUUUUCACAGCUUAAAAAAUAUUCAUUAAAUAAAUGGAAAGUUCAUAUACAUUCAGAAAAUUAUUGGGAUAUUUUCUCAAAAGAAAAAAUUGUAGUUUUAUCUCCUGAUGCUAGUGAAGAAUUAGAAGAAGUAAAAAAAGAUGAAGUCUAUAUUAUUGCAGCUUUAGUAGAUAGAAGUAUAUCAAAGAAUUUAUCUUUCUAUCAAGCGUCUUUAUACGGUUUCACAACAAAAAAAUUACCCUUAGAAAAAUAUAUUAAAAAAAAAAAAAGUAAUGUGCUAAAUGUGAAUACUGUUGUUGAAAUUUUAAUUAAUUAUAUAAAAACAAAAAAUUGGAGGAAAGUUUUCGAAAUAUGUAUUCCACAAAAAAAAGUUCUAAGCUAUUGCCACGAGUUAUCUAAAAAUGAAGAUGAAAAUAUAAAUAUAUACAAUAAUAAAAAUGAAAAUAUUAAUAGAAAUAUAAUUCAAAAUAUGAAUGAAUAUAAUAAUGAAAAUAUAAGUGAAAAUGCAUAUGAAAAUAUGAAUACAUAA